AUGAGCUUAGCACAGCACACUGGCCUUCCUACAAUACAAAUUAUCCGGAGUAGUUGGAAUGAUCUGCGUGAAAAGCCUAUUGAUAGUGGUUUCAAAAAUUAUAUUUACAUGAUACCUACGCUUACGGUAUUUAACAAUGUUAUGCUAGACGUUCUGCCGAUGUUGAAUGUGACAAGUGGGGCUACCGUCUUUUUCGAUGACAUACAUGGUAAAUUCAACUUCUUCUUAACUUCAGAUAAAUUAAAUGCCUUAUCCACAGGAAACAUCGACAAUUUGCGUGAAGAGUUUGCAGUGCUGCCUAUUGCCGUAAACUAUGUCCAUCUUGAGACGGACCCACCGGCUCUCCAGCAGCAAAUCAAACAAUUUCCAGCUCACGGAAACAUUAUCAUGGUCGCUGCAACGCCUACUGUUGAGGCGGUAGCGAAAGAGGUCGAAGUUGCAUUCUAUUUUGAUGUUAUGAAUUACAUCUUCGAAUUUGUUACGUCCAUGAGUGGAUCGCACAACUACACCUGCUAUUCUGAGCCUCCCAAACCUCCUAUCGUAUUCGAGGAUGCGACAAAUAAACUCAAUUACCCACCACCGGAGUAUGGAUCAUUCAGGCAGCUCAGCACUUCUACCUAUUACCAAGUAACCGCUUAUUUUUUGGAGAUUGCUUCAUGGACAAUUGUCGACAAAAUUGCACUCCUCUAUGGGAGCAUCAAUGUUGAUAUCAAAGCCAUUACGGAAUACCGUAUCGUGACGUUGAGACAGCCACCAUUUGUCCAAUUGAGCGGCAAUCCCGAAAAGCCCUAUGAAGGCUACUGCAUUGAUCUUAUUGACCUGAUUCGUGAAGAGGUAUGUAUAGUGCUUGCCCACGUAUUAAAAGCUGGAUUCAAUUUAGAUGGUUUACAGUUGAAUUUCACUUAUACCAUCUACGAAGUGGAGGAUGGUUCAUUUGGUUCAAUGGAUCAAAAUGGGAACUGGAACGGUCUCAUAGGAGCUUUGGUCUCCGGAUCGGCGGAUAUUGCUUUGGCUCCAUUGAGUGUGACUGCAGAACGGGAAAAUGAUGUUGAUUUCACGGUACCCUACUACGAUCUCGUUGGUACAACAAUUUUAAUGAAGAAGCCAAACGUAGAAUACUCACUGUUCAAGUUUAUGAAGGUACUGGAAUGGCCUGUUUGGCUGUGCAUCGUAGCUGCAUAUUUGUUGACAAGCACUACCUUGUGGAUAUUUGACAGAUUUAGCCCAUAUUCAUACACCAACAAUAAGAAGAGAUACAUCAGUGAUGUUGAAAAGCGUGCUUUUAGUUUCAAGGAGUGCUUGUGGUUCUGCAUGACGUCGCUAACUCCGCAAGGAGGUGGAGAAGCUCCAAAAAACAUAUCGGGAAGGCUAGCUGCUGCUACCUGGUGGUUGUUCGGAUUUAUCAUUAUUGCUUCGUACACUGCAAAUCUGGCCGCAUUCCUGACGGUAUCUCGACUUGAGCAGCCUAUAAGCUCCUUAGAUGAUCUUGCCAAACAAUAUAAAAUCGAGUACGCUCCUAUCAAAGGCGGCGCAUCCGAAACGUACUUUAGACGUAUGGCCGAGAUCGAAGAACGAUUUUAUAACAUUUGGAAAGAGAUGUCAUUAAACGAGACCAUGUCUCCUCGGGAACGUGCUCGUUUAGCAGUAUGGGACUAUCCGGUUUCAGAUAAGUUCACAAAUAUGUGGAGCAUUCUUGUGCUUUUAAACCAAAGGCGCCUUGAAACGCUUAAAGAAAAAUGGUGGAACAAUAAUCCAAAAAAGGUGGUAUGUCCCGACACAAACAGCGAAAACGACGGGAUAUCUAUUCAAAAUAUCGGCGGAGUAUUUAUCGUUAUUCUCGCUGGAAUCAUCCUAUCAGUGAUUACCCUCACAAUUGAGUACUUCUAUUACAGGUUAGGUUAUUUGGUCUGA